CAAAAAGUACGAGAGACCUGCAAAAAAAGACAAGAGAACACAAUCAUAAAACUGAGAUGGGUUGCUGCUACUAUUUGAAGCACUCGCACGCACACAUGCAAACAGGCGGCAAGAGAGCCGGCAGCGGUGAGAGCGAGCGCGAGUGCGAGCGUGUGUGCGAGAGGGGGAGAGCGAAAUCGUAUUUUCUAGUCACGCACACCAGCGCACAGCAAAGCCAGCCAGCAAAUGAGCAGAGACGAAUGCCUGUCUUUCGGUACGGGGUUCGGGCACGAGGGCGGUCUUCGUGCAAGUACGUUCGGUUCGUGGCAGUGCGAAUGCGAAAGAAUUUUGUCAGUUGUGCGACAACUUGUGCUGUGUAAGGAUGUCCAGACGCGCGUCCGUUUAACAGCCAAGAGCAGCCAGCAGUGCAAGAAGAAGAGCAUACGAAAUACGUCAAAAUCGAAUAAUGCUGAAAAUAAAUACAUUUGCCAUCUAGUUAGAGAAGACAGUACAAGAAAGAGACACCAACACACGGUUAGAGAGGGAGAGCAAAUCAAAGUAAACAAUCAAACAUACACACGAGAGACAUUUGCGCUUAUCACAACAGCAACAACAACAACAACAACUACAACAACAACUACAGCAACAGCAACAAAGUUAAUCAGAGUAUCUGCCUGAACAAUAGCAUAUGAAAUCUUUUGCCGGAGUCAGUCUUCAUUGGCAGCUCGAGUGUUUUAGUACUUGAGGCUUCUUAUCGCCAGCGACCGUCGGUUCUCUUGUUCUUUUGACUGUUUUCGAUACGCUGCCACGCCCACGCUACGGAUUGCAUUUUGCCUCCUCCUUUGCUAAUGAUGUCGCGCCGUGAGCUGUGCCGCAACAACAACAACAACAACAACAACAGCAGCAGCAACAACAACAACAACAACGGCGAGAAUUGCAUAUGCAACUGUGUGGCAGCCACAUCGAAUCCGUUCCGCUAAAAAAAAUCGUUUGCAAAGUCGCGUCGUUCCGUCUUUCGUUUCGUUUGUGCUUGUAUCUAAUUUGCGUCUCCAUCGACAACAACAACAACAACAACAGCAAUAGCAACAACAACAACAACAACACUGCUUAAUAAUCAAUAAUCAAAGCGUGCUUUAGGCCUUAUCGCUA